UUUUUUGGAAUGAAGUGGUUCUCGUUCGAGUUUCUGGUGAUAUGUACCGGAAAAUACGGCGACAUCCCGGCAAUACCGAAAUUCCCACAAAACAAAGGGCCUGAAAUAUUUAAAGGAAAAGUUCUCCACACACUUGAUUACUGCAAACUCAGUGAGGACGAGUCAACUCAGUUGCUGAAAGGCAAAAAAGUUGUGAUAUUUGGCUACAAGAAAUCAGCCAUUGAUUUGGCUGUUGAAUGUGCAGAAGCCAACCAAGGUACAUUCUUCUCCGAGGCGGACAAGGGCAAAAUCGUCUUUAAACGAUCUUCGAAGUGGUGGUUCUCCGAGGGUGGGGUCCACUUCGAGGACGGGUCGUCGCUAGAGGCUGAGGUCGUCGUUCUUGCCACCGGUUUCGACGGGAAGCAGAAACUGAAAUCUAUUAUCCCGGACCCUUUUCGCAGCCUUCUCGAGUUCCCCUCUGGCAGCAUGCCCUUAUAUAGGGGUACAAUUAAUCCACUGAUUCCAAACAUGGCUUUCGUGGGAUACAUCGAGAGUGUUUCGAAUCUGCACACAGCUGAAAUUCGCUGCAAAUGGCUGUCUCGUUUGGCGGACGAAGAAUUCAAGCUACCGAGCAUGGAGAAGAUGCUCGAUCAAACAACUCAAGAAAUGGAAAUUAUGAAGAGGUCCACACGAUUCUACAAACGCAGCUGCAUUUCGACUUUCAGUAUUAAUCACACCGACGAAAUAUGCAAAGAGAUGGGGUGGAAUUCGUGGAGGAAGAACAACUGGAUUUCCGAAGCUUUUACCCCUUACAACAGCCGAGACUACAACGAAGAGGAGAAAAAAUAAAACGAAGCCACCUUUUUUUCGCCUAAAAUACUACACUAAUCAACAAUAUUUAUAUAUAUACAUGCUCAUGAUUUAUUUUUAUUUGAUUAUGAAAUAAAUAAAAUGUGUAAGCCCCGUGUAAUAGAUCGAAUAACGCAAAAGAAAAUAAAAAGUUUCGUAUUUUACAUAAGAAAACAGAGAGUAAACAGAGUCAACUUACAGCACAAAAA